UAGUGUUCAGUGGAGUAGUGUAUACUGAGACGUCAUGUGUACCGAAUGAUAUGCAUAACGCAUGAAAGCGUGCUAAAGAAGUGUGCAAGUUUUGUGACGGCAAGUAAAAACAGUGUCGACACGACGGCUUGGCGCCCCCACCAGGGCAUGGCGGCCACCACGUAUCUGCCGGCCAGUAGUGCAGUUACUUCUGAUUUAGACGGAAGUAGUGUAGUCGGCAUGAAUAUCGUUGGUGGUUACCAUUCUAGUGCAUCUCCGAGAUCAGCAGCAGACGCGAGCGAAAUGAAGUACCUGCCACAACAUCACCAUCACCACCACCACCAAAUGGCGAGUUCGCCGUCGCCGAACGGUCACCCCGUCUCGUUAUCCGCCGCUAACCCGUGGGUUAGCUUACAACCGGGAGCGGAUCCGUGGGCCGCCUCGAUGGCAGGAAUGCAUCAUCCGCACCACCAUCACCACCCGCACCAGGACGUCAAACCCUUAUCUCAACAGGCGGACAUGAUGCACAGGCAGCAGCAGCAAAGUAUGGGAUCUCCGCAUGCAUGGCAUGCACCAGUAUCGUCGGCACAUUAUAAUCCCGGAGGCGCGGGCUCGCCGUUACAACAAUACCACGCGGCUAUGAACGGUAUGCUUGCCCACCACCAAGCCGCGCCACAAUUACACCACCCCUUACAUCGUGAUAUGCAAAGCCCACACCAUCCGCAACAUCCGGAUAGAGACGUGGGCGGCGGAGACGAAGAAACGCCAACUAGUGACGAUUUGGAAGCCUUCGCCAAACAGUUUAAACAACGACGUAUAAAAUUAGGCUUUACGCAGGCGGAUGUAGGAUUAGCAUUAGGGACUCUUUACGGCAAUGUGUUUUCUCAAACAACAAUAUGUAGGUUCGAAGCGCUUCAACUUAGUUUUAAAAAUAUGUGCAAACUUAAACCGUUACUACAAAAAUGGCUAGAGGAAGCGGACUCGACGACGGGAUCUCCAACAUCGAUAGAUAAAAUAGCGGCACAAGGCAGAAAGCGAAAAAAACGUACGAGUAUAGAAGUUUCGGUUAAGGGCGCGCUCGAGCAGCACUUCCACAAACAGCCGAAACCAUCGGCACAAGAAAUAACAAAUUUAGCAGACAGCUUACAGUUAGAAAAAGAAGUAGUGCGAGUGUGGUUUUGUAAUAGGAGGCAAAAGGAGAAAAGGAUGACACCGCCGAAUACUUUAACAAACGAGAUGAUGGACGGCAUGCCGCCAGGUGGUCACAUGCACCCCGGCUACGGCCAUCAUCCCGACGUUCACGGUUCUUCUCCCAUGGGACAACAUUCACAUUCGCACAGUCCUCCGAUGCUAUCUCCGCAGGGUAUGGGCCACCAGCUUGCGGCGCACUAGCAUCCAGCCCGUUGGGCCUCCCUAUUACAUCACAGCGACAAUGGCUAGCGCGUUUCACCGCUCAUUCAUCUCUCCGUUCGGGUGCAUCUUUAAGUGGCUAGGACUUUUUUUCUGCACAAGUUUGAAAGUGAUAUAUACAAUGUGACCCAGUGGAUUGUACUUUAAAGACACACCGACGAACGGUCCGAAGUUAUCGGUUUUAAAAGUAACGAAUUAAUAAUAGAUCAAAAUUAUAUUUUUAAAAAUACUACCUCACUGUAUAAUUAAACCGAUCAUCGGCUAGCCGGAGGCCCAAUUGUUGACUUUUUUGCGCAAGUGUCUGUACCUAAACGAACUUCUUCAUUUGUAUAUUAACUGUAAAUAACAAAAA